UAUUAUUGAAAAAGCGUUUGAUUUUUCAAAUUCAAAAUGGCUUCAAGCGAAGAGUUUUUGAUUGAUGCGCUCGAAGUGGAGGAAGUUCCGGAAGACGAAACAGCACUGAUUCAGCUCUUGGAAUCAUUCGAUUUAUCGCGGAAGGUCAUCGAUUGUUUUCUAGUCAACCAAUACUCUAUUCAGACGCUCAAGCUAAUCGAGCGACAGGAAGUGGAGGAAUUGAUCCCAUAUCCGUUCCUUGCUGAGAGAACUAAGUUCAUUUUCCAUCUCAACAGCUGGAGAAAAGAACAGAAUCUUCCAACGCUAGCUGAUAAAUCAAACGUUCAUAACCAAGUUCAGAUCGAGCGAAGGGAAAUCCCACGAGAAAAGUGUACUGCGGCAUUUUUAUUAAAUGAAUCUGCAAAAAGCCUAUCAAUCAUUAAACGAUAUACAGAAACCAUCUUUUUAACGAGAAGCGACAAAAAAGUGAUUACCCAUGUUAUUGUAGACGAGUUCAAGGAUAGAUUCGGAAGACUGACACCCUUUAAACUACAGCUUCGAGCCACUGAAUUAGGAAACAUUUUUCCAAGCGAACCGUAGCCUACGAGCAGUAAGGAUAGUAGCGGAAAUAAAAUAAAACUACGAAAGCAGGCAAAAGGAAGGCUCCACGACAGAAACUUGAAUUAUAAAUCAGUGAUCAGGGUUUGUGAAUCUACAGCACAGCA